AUGCUUACAGCUACAUCGGAAGAGAGCAGUGAUACAUCAUCUAUUGCUCAAGCAUUGGGAGCAAAUCCAAAUUUUCAAAAACGAGCUCGUAAACUUGGUCAACAAUUUAUCAUUUUACACUAUUCACCAUUUAAAGCUGUUUGGGAUUGGAUAAUUAUCUUAUUGGUAUUAUAUACCGGAAUUAUUACACCUUACACAAUUUCAUUUUUAUCUGACGAAGAUCAAAAACGAAAUAAAUUAAAUGAAUAUGCAGCUACUAGACAAUUUAAUCGUGAACGAACAAGUGUUCAUGUUUUAGUUAUUGUUGAUGUACUCGUCGAUGUCAUGUUCAUAUUCGAUAUAUUGAUUAGUUUCAGGAAGUUUAAAGCUAUGAAAACUAUAUUAGCGGAAAGCGGAGAAGAUAACGAACAUUUUAGUAAAAAAGGCUUUUGA